AUGGUAAGAUUCAGCAAUGACCACGUAAAUGAAACUAAUUGCUUGCACCUAUGUACUCUCAGGGGAGAAUCUCGUAUCCAGGUGACAUUCCAGGUUGAUGCUGAUGGAAUCUUAAAGGUGACUGCCAAACCAAAAGCAACCAAGUAUUCUACAUCACUCACCAUUUCCAGCUACAAAGGUAAUUUGAGUUCAAGGGAGAUCGACAGAAUGAUAAGAGAGGCAAGGAAGAUGGCUGAGCGGGACAGGAAGGAGAAGUCACGUAUUGAAGAGAGGAACCGCUUGGAGGAAAAGAUUUAUGAUUUGAACAAGGCACUGGAGAAGGUUUAUAUGUAUGGCGGGGCCGAGAUUAAACGUGCGUUGAGGGAUGCUUCUGAGUGGUUGGACGAGAACGAGGAUGCAUGCAUGCAAGAGUACGAGGACAAAAGACUGGAAUUGGGUUACAUAUGGGAUCGUGCUAAUGAUGAUGAUGAUGAUUGGUAUUCUGAUUAA